UUGAUGGAGAAUUUGCUGAACCCAGCUGUGUGUCUAUGAAGAGUGAUCGAUCAAUGGGAAAUCCACUUAAGUUCAGUUUAGGAGAUUCUGGUACAGAUGUGAGAAACACAACAGAUGAAUCAAAGUUCAUCAAAGGGAAGAAGAUGGAUUCUGUUUUUCAGGAGCUUGAACACAAAAUCAUCUCUCUGAUGAAGAAAGAGCUCAAGAUCUUCAAGAAACUACUGAGCUCAGAUUACCCAGCAUGCUCUGAGAGAGAGGAGGAGGUGGAUGAAGAUCAGAUCAGAGUCAGAGAGGAGCUUCUGAAAAUCACACUGCACGUCCUGAAGAAGAUGAACCAGACAAACCUCGCUGAUAAACUACAGACCAAACUUGCACCUUUGUGUGUGAAAAAACACAAAUCCAGACUAAAGGAGAAAUUUCAGAGAAUAAAUGAAGGAAUAUCAAUUCAAGGAAACUCAAGACUUGUGAAUGAGAUCUACACAGAGCUGUACAUCACAGAGGGAGGGAGUGAAGAACUCAAUAAUGAACAUGAGGUGAGACAGAUUGAGACAAUAUCCAGAAGAUCAGAGACACAAGAAACACCAAUCAAAUGUAAUGACAUCUUUAAAGCUUUACCUGGACAAGACAAACACAUCAGAACUGUGCUGACUAAAGGAGUUGCUGGAAUUGGAAAAACCGUCUCUGUACUAAAGUUCAUUCUGGACUGGAGUGAAGGAAAAGCAAAUCAGGAUCUUCACUUCAUAUUUCCACUUCCAUUCAGAGAACUGAAUCUUAUGAAGAACACAAAUAUCAGUCUGAUGGAUCUUCUUCAUCAGUUCUUCAUAGAUACAAAAGAACUGAGAUCAAGAGACUUUGAUGUCUAUAAAGUUGUGUUUAUCUUUGAUGGUCUGGAUGAGUGUCAACUUCCUCUAGAUUUCUCAAACAAUCAGAGUCUGUUUGAUGUAAGAGAAGACGCUUCACUGGAUGUGCUGUUGACAAACCUCAUCAAGGGGAAUCUGCUUCCUUCUGCUCUAAUCUGGAUAACAUCACGACCAGUGGCAGCCAAUCAGAUUCCUCCUGACUGUGUCCACCAGAUCACAGAUGUACGAGGAUUCAAUGAUCCUCAGAAGGACGAGUAUUUCAUUAAGAGAAUAAAUGAUGAGAGUUUGUCCAACAGAAUCAUCAGACACAUCAAAUCAUCCAGGAGUUUGUACAUCAUGUGUCAUAUCCCAGUCUUCUGUUGGAUUACAGCCACUGUUCUAGAGAGAAUGUUGAGUGAAUCAGAGAGUCAAGCAGAGAUCCCCAAGACUCUCACUCAAAUGUUCACACACUUCCUGAUCUUUCAGACCAAACUGAAGAGUCAGAAGUAUGAUGGGAAAUGUGAGGUAGAUCUUCAACAGGUUAGAAAGAGUCUUCUGUCAUUGGGAAAACUGGCUUUUCAACAGCUGGAGAAAGGGAAUCUGAUCUUCUAUGAGGAGGAUCUGAGAGAUUGUGACAUUGAUGUCAGAGACGCUUCAGUGUACUCAGGAGUUUGUACUCAGAUCUUCAGAGAGGAGUUUGGACUGAACCUGGUGAAGGUCUACAGCUUUGUGCAUCUGAGCAUUCAGGAGUUUCUCGCUGCUUUAUUUUUCUUUCUUUCAUUUUCUCAACAAACAUCAGGAUCGACUAUGAGUGAUUUACUGAAGAGUGAAGUGGACAAAGCCUUACAGAGUGAGAACGGACACCUGGACCUUUACCUCCGAUUCCUUCUGGGUCUCUCACUGGGGUCCAAUCAGAUGAUCUUAGGAGAACUACUGACACAGACAGGAAGAAGAUCUGACAGCAGACAGGAAAUAGUUGAGUACAUUAAGAUGAGGAUCAGAGAGAAUCAAUCUCCAGAGAAAUCCAUCAAUCUGUUUUACUGUCUGAAUGAACUGAAUGAUCAAUCUCUAGUGAACGAGAUACAAACAUAUUUAAACAGAAAAGAUUACAGUCGUCUCUCUGGAGUAAGUCUCUCUCCAUCUCAGUGGUCGGCUGUGGUGUUUGUGUUACUGAACUCAGAUCAGAAGCUGGAUGAGUUUUUACUGGAGAAAUAUGAUCGAUCAGAUGAAUGUCUUCAGAGGCUGCUGCCAGUGAUCAAAGCAUCCAGAAAAGCUGAUCUGAAGAAGUGUAAUCUGACAGAGAAAAGUUGUUCAUCAUUGAGUUCAGUUCUCAGCUCAAACUCCUCAAGUCUGACAGAACUGAACCUGAGUCGCAAUGAACUGCAGGAUUCAGGAGUGAAGCUUCUCUCUGAUGGACUGAAGAAUACAAACUGUAAACUCAAGAUAUUACAUCUGAGUCUCUGUAUUCUGACAGAGAAAAGUUGUUCAUCAUUGAGUUCAGUUCUCAUCUCAAACCCCUCAAGUCUGACAGAACUGAACCUGAGUGAAAAUAAACUACAGGAUUCAGGAGUGAAGCUUCUCUCUGAUGCAUUGAAGAAUACAAACUGUAAACUCAAGAUAUUACAUCUGAGUUGGUGUAAACUGACAGAAAAAAGUUGUUCAUCUUUGAGUUCAGUUCUCAGCUCAAACUCCUCAAGUCUGAGAGAACUAAACCUGAGUUACAAUAUACUGCAGGAUUCAGGAGUGAAGCUUCUCUCUGACGGACUGAAGAAUACAAACUGUAAACUCAAGAUAUUAAAUCUAAUGAACUGUAAUCUGACAGAGAAAAGUUGUUCAUCAUUGAGUUCAGUUCUCAUCUCAAACUCCUCAAGUCUGACAGAACUGAACCUGAGUGAAAAUAAAUUGCAGGAUUCAGGAGUGAAGCUUCUCUCUGAUUCACUGAAUAAUACAAACUGUAAACUGAAGAUAUUACAACUGAUGAGCUGUAAUCUGACAGAGAAAAGUUGUUCAUCAUUGAGUUCAGUUCUCAUCUUAAACUCCUCAAGUCUGACAGAACUGAACCUGAGUGAAAAUGAACUGCAGGAUUCAGGAGUGAAGCUUCUCUCUGAUGGACUGAAGAAUACAAACUGUAAACUCAAGAUAUUACAUCUGUGGCGCUGUAAUCUGACAGAGAAAAGUUGUUCAUCAUUGAGUUCAGUUCUCAUCUCAAACUUCUCAAGUCUGACAGAACUGAACCUGAGUGGAAAUGACUUGCAGGAUUCAGGAGUGAAGCUUCUCUCUGAUGGACUGAAGAAUACAAACUGUAAACUCAAGAUAUUACAUCUGUGGCGCUGUAAUCUGACAGAGAAAAGUUGUUCAUCAUUGAGUUCAGUUCUCAUCUCAAAAUCCUCAAGUCUGACAGAAUUGAACCUGAGUCACAAUGAACUGCAGGAUUCAGGAGUGAAGCUUCUCUCUGAUGGACUGAAGAAUACAAACUGUAAACUCAAGAUAUUAAAUCUAAGGAGCUGUAAUCUGACAGAGAAAAGUUGUUCAUCAUUGAGUUCAGUUCUCAUCUCAAACUCCUCAAGUCUGACAGAACUGAACCUGAGUGAAAAUAAUCUGCAGGAUUCAGGAGUGAAGCUUCUCUCUGAUGGAUUGAAGAAUACAAACUGUAAACUCAAGAUAUUAAAUCUGGACUUCUGCAGUAUUGGAGAUGAAGGUUUUGUUGCUUUGGCUUCAGCUUUGAGAUCAAACCCAUCACAACUGACUCAACUCAAUAUGAAGUUUAAUAAUCCAGGAGAUUCAGGAGUGAAGCUGAUCUUGGAUCUACUGACGGAUCCAGAGUGUAAACUACACAAAUUACAUAUUAAGUCUCGAUCGUAUCAAUAAUCUACAAGAGCUACAGAUGACAAAUCAAGCAACAGACAUCAGUUAUAAAGCAAAAGAUCUGCUUACUGCCUCCUACUGGACAAACAGAAGCAGUGAGACAUCAGAGAUCAACAUGAGAGACGUCUGUUAACCCUCUGGGGUCUAAGGGGUUUUUAGGGCCCUGGGGAAGUUUUGACAUGCACUGACAUUUGUGCUUUUUUCAGUUGCUUAAAAACAUAUUAAUGGCAAAAGUCUCAUAACACUGUGUUCAUCACAAACUGGGCUACAAUAUCAUAUAAUCAACAUGUAUGUACAUGUUUGUAUUUUUGAGAGAAAAAUGUUUAUGCGUGGUUUUUGAAAAGGCAAAAUUUUUAAGUCACUGAUAUAAGUCCGCAAAACUAAUUCUAAACAUGUUUUCCCAAGACUUUUCAAAACAGGAUCUAGUAGUCUAGAGUUUUUUCUUCAAAAUGAUGUGAAAAUCAUUCGGCCUACUCAUUCACAUAAAGCAAGAUAUUGAUUUACAAUUCCUAAGACACUUUUGCUUGGUAAAGGCUGUAUGCGUGGAGACGGGAAAGCUCCUGAAUGAUCAGUGAUUGACAGCUGAGAGACAAAAGAGUUGAAUAAUGAGCCACAUAAUGUGCCUUGUGGGGAUGUUUAACAGGAAUGUAACUUUCUCUGUAGUAAAACCAUGAGAUGAGGUUUACUUUUCAAUAUAAUGUAAAUACACAUUUCAAUUGAUAUUAUAUUAAUUUCACAAGUAUAAGUUACCUUUUAAAAACCAUAGUAGCCUAAUCAUGGUAAAGGUACUGUUUGGCCAUCGCAAAGUGAACACAGGGUUUGUGUUUGGUUGGCCAGCGAGAGGUUUACUUUUGUGCA